AUUGUUUGAUUCCAAGUAACUAUUACAUGGAAGACGAAAACAGUACAGAGACCUGUAAAACAGACAUCCAUGUAAAUAGCAAAGGCAAAAUGAAAUGUACAGUACAAGAUGGAGAGAGAAAAUGUUUGUUGGAAGAAAAUUCCGAUGCUGAAUCAUUGGUUCAUCAAGUCCGACAUAAAAGUAUGGAAGGCGAGAAAAAUAAAGAGAAUUUUAAAAUAGACAUUCAAGAUGGGGAGACGGAGGGCCUCUUGGGAAGGAUCGGCCAAGCUGAAUUAUGGAUAGAUCAAGUUCAACGCAUGCAUGGAUCUGGAAAGCACAAUGAGCGAAAAAUGUCUGCUGAUGUGUCUAUAUAUCGGGUGCCUAAAUCGAUAAAGAAAACCAAACGAGAAGCUUAUGAUCCCCUGGUUGUGUUUCUUGGACCUUAUCAUCACAAGAAACACCAGCAGUUGACUGCGAUAGACGAAUAUAAGCUCCAAGCAGUAGACAAAACCUUGGAAAGGAUGGAUGAUAUGACCAUAGAAGGGUUAAUCUCGAAGGUUAAACUGAUGGGGCAAGAGAUCAGAAAUUGCUAUGAAGACUCAGCCAUUGAAUGGGAUCAAGAUACCCUUGCCUGGAUGAUGACAAUGGAUGCAUGCUUUAUUCUCAGGUUCCUUGGAAUGGAGUUACCCAAUUCGUGCCUUAUUAAAAGAGAUGAGAUUAUACUGGAUAUUUUAAAGCUGGAAAAUCAGAUUCCUUUCUGUAUUCUGGAAAUGAUUCUAGAAUUGGAGUUCAAAGACUCAGCGGAAGUAGAGAAUUUCUUGGUCAAGCUUCUGUUUAGUUGCAACAAUGGGUAUUUUAAAGGUUAUCCGUUCGCAAUCAGAUAUGAAGAAAAAGACAUUAAGGAGCAUAUUAAAAGUGGUCCAUUGCAUCUAUUGGAUUUGUCAAGACUGGUGCUUGCAAAGUUCUUAUCAAGUUGCGAGCAUGCGAUAACCGUUAAACGUCCUGCUCGCAUUGCCCACCGUAGUGCUUCUUGCGUUGGUUGUUUUAGUUGGACAGGCGAAGAUGAAAGCUUGAUACCUUCAGCAGAGAAGUUGCAAAAAGCUGGAAUUAGAUUGAAGCAAUGCUCUGGAGGAGUCCAUUUUAAAAGAAGACGUUUCCGCAGUCUAUUUUGCCUUCCGGAAAUCAUUGUCGAGGAUAAUACAGAAAUAUUCCUCAGAAACCUAUUAGCUUUUGAAGAGUGUCAGUGGGGCCGCGACUGUCUGGUUGAACGAAAAAUUUGUUUCUAUAUGUGUAUAAUGGAUGACUUAAUUGACUCCAAAGAGGAUGUUGAGCUGUUUCGGAGAGCGAAUAUUAUUAAAAAUUAUUUGGGAACUGAUGACGAAGUAGCUCAAAUAUUCAAUGAUUUGUGCAGCGGGAUCACUGGCAAGGAAGAUUUCAAGGAGCCUUUGAGAAAUGUUAACGAUUAUUACAAGAGGAACCAACUGACGGUGUGGAUCCACGAGUUCUGGGAAGAGCAUUGCUCAAAGCCAUGGUAUAUUAUCUCUUUUGUGGUUGGUAUACUAAUUUUGGUAAUGACCCUUUUGCAAACCAUCUAUACGAUAAAAAAAUAAAUCCAAUCGUAGUAAAACCAUUCCUUGGUACAUGUAUUGCAUUCUAGGGUUCCAUUUUUAUUAA